CGGUGGGGAUGAGAAAUCAUCAUCAUUCAGUUAGCUCACUGCUAGCUAGCUGCCUGGAGCCGAUAUUAGUAGACUGUUUUACUUUUGAUAGGAGCAACGAUGACCCUUUGACAUCAAGAAUGGACAUAAGUUAACGAUGACGGGGGAGAAAAAGAAGAAAAAGCGGCUGAACCGCAGCAUUCUUCUUGCAAAGAAAAUUAUAAUAAAAGAUGGAGGAAGUCCUCAGGGAAUCGGUGAGCCCAGUGUUUACCAUGCUGUGGUGGUCAUCUUCCUGGAGUUUUUCGCUUGGGGUCUCCUCACCACCCCGAUGCUCACGGUAUUACGCCAGACAUUCCCCCAACACACAUUCCUGAUGAAUGGACUUAUUCAUGGAGUGAAGGGCCUGUUAUCGUUUCUGAGUGCUCCUCUGAUCGGAGCCUUGUCGGACGUAUGGGGACGCAAGUCCUUCUUGCUGCUAACUGUCUUCUUCACAUGUGCGCCCAUUCCCCUGAUGAAGAUCAGCCCAUGGUGGUACUUUGCCGUCAUCUCCAUGUCUGGUGUCUUUGCCGUCACCUUCUCUGUGAUCUUUGCUUACGUGGCGGACAUCACGCAAGAGCAUGAGAGGAGCACAGCAUACGGUUUGGUGUCGGCUACUUUUGCAGCCAGCCUGGUUACCAGCCCGGCCAUCGGGGCCUACCUGUCCGUGGCCUACGGCGACACCUUGGUGGUCAUCUUGGCCACGGCCAUCGCCCUGCUUGACAUCUGCUUCAUCCUGGUGGCCGUGCCAGAGUCGCUGCCGGAGAAGAUGAGGCCAGCGUCAUGGGGAGCUCCCAUCUCCUGGGAGCAGGCGGAUCCCUUCGCUUCUCUGCGUAAAGUGGGCCAGGACUCCACGGUGCUGCUCAUAUGUAUCACAGUGUUUCUCUCCUACCUCCCCGAGGCCGGCCAGUAUUCCAGCUUCUUCCUCUAUCUCAAACAGGUAAUAGGCUUCUCCUCUGAGACGGUCGCCGCCUUCAUCGCCGUUGUGGGGAUCCUCUCAAUACUAGCUCAGACGGUGGUGUUGGGGAUCCUGAUGCGCUCCAUAGGGAAUAAGAACACAAUCCUGCUGGGCCUCGGCUUCCAGAUCCUCCAGCUGGCGUGGUACGGCUUCGGCUCUCAGCCCUGGAUGAUGUGGGCAGCUGGAGCCGUCGCAGCCAUGUCCAGCAUCACUUUCCCCGCCAUCAGCGCCAUCGUGUCCCGCAACGCAGACCCCGACCAGCAAGGAGUCGUCCAGGGGAUGAUCACCGGGAUCCGCGGCCUCUGUAACGGUUUGGGUCCUGCCCUUUACGGCUUCGUCUUCUACCUGUUCCACGUGGAGCUGACCGACACGGACGUCUCUGAGAAAGGUUCCAAAGUCAUGGCCAACCCCACAGACGAGAGUGCCAUCAUCCCCGGACCCCCGUUCCUGUUCGGCGCGUGCUCGGUGCUGCUGUCCCUGCUGGUGGCGCUGUUCAUCCCGGAGCACACGGGGCCCGGCAUGAGGCCCGGGGCCUACAAGAAGCACAGUAACGGGGCGCAGAGCCACUCGCACAGCCCUCAGGGCAGCGGGGCCGAGGGCAAGGAGCCGCUGCUGGAGGACAGCAGCGUAUAACCUCAGCUAAAGGGGGUGGGGGCCCACAUCGCUCGCCCCACCCCCCGCCCCCAGAAGAGCCCCUGCACACAUGGACAGAUCCACACAUUUCACCACACGGACACGCACUCGGGGGGCACGCGUCAGACUCGAGUGCCGUGAAGAGGUGUCUGUGUCCACAGCACAAAAGUGGGCACUCCUUUCCUAGCAGCCCCCCCUCUCCCUCUGUCCCCCCCCCCCCCUUUUUUUUUUCUCUUUUCUGGAGGCGGGGCUUGUGAGGACCCUCUAAAGACCCUGUAGGAAAGGAAGCGGGUGUUGAUUAAUUUUUGGGCUGCAGUGGAAAGGUGUGUGUGUGUGUGUGACUCGGCUGAGCUGGACUUCAAUCUUUGGUUUCUGUAAAAACAGAGUGGAGUCUGCAGCAGCCUGCCCCUUCCUCCUCCUCCUCCUCCUCCUCCUCCUCCUCCUGGUGCAAAAUCAGAACAAAUUGAUUUUUGAGUGCGAGUGGGGUACAUCUCAAACGUUACUAAAUCCCUGUGUGAUAUCUCGAUAUUCCUCUUCUCGUUACCCAAGUGGCGACUUGAGUGUUUGUGCGGCGUUCGCGUGACAAACAAGUCGGUUGAGCACUUGUGUAACGCCUCUUUCACAAGCUAACUUCUGUCCUGAUGCUCGGGUCGUUUUGCGGCUUUCGUUGAGGCGUCCGGGAAGGGAACACAGUCUUUUUUCCUCUGUGUUUACAGCAGCGUCUGGCGGUCAACCUGUGAGCGAGGAGGAGCGUCCGCCUAAUCUCCGUUAGGACCGGAUCAAGACGAGAGACGCUUUGUUCGGACCACACUUUGUUUAAAUAUCACACUUCUCGCAGAGAGAGGUGUCGGGGAGAGACUACUUUACUAGCGGAAAACGUUUUUUUCAAUGUUUACUUGCCAUUCUCUAGACGAGUAGUACAGUUUGGGUUGUAUAUUUUUCUCUGUUCAAAACUGAAGGCUAGUCGUGCUUCGAGUUUUUAUUCAAGAAACAAAUGUUGCCUUGAAGUGACUUAAGAUAAAUCUAUAUAGAGACAUAACCUGUAUGAAGACCGAGGUCUGAGAAGGCUCUGUAAUCUUACGCUAUUGCUCCCAUCGGAGCCAUUACACACUUUUUAUUCCUUUCUACUCACGCCCUUCGACGUUUUCUUUGUUUCCUGACACUUAUCAGCAUCAGGGUCGAGGCUUACACGGGAGCGCGGGUUUAUUUUUAAAAAAAAGCCUCCGGACCGCUCGGAGCUGGAGCGUCGCUAUCAGCGAGUCGGCGUUCGGAGCUUUGAAUUAAUAUCAUUUGGUGCAAAACAAUAUCAGUCACGCUGCUGCGGCAGGAGAUUCAAAGGUUAAGUGAGAUGUAAGUGUGGCGGAUAAUGAUCUCCACGGUGGUAAUUGGGAAAGGUGCGGGUUUUCGUGUAAUCCCCCCGACAUUUAAGCUGCCACACAGACGGUUUGAGAAGAGGGAAACUUUUAAGAGGCAGUUUAUCGACCUACUUGCUGUUGGCGUUUGACAGGCUACGGAUUCAGACUAGCUCUGUAAAUGCCAAACUACGCCACCUACGGGAGCAAAACCAAGAGCCGCAGGAAUCUCGAUGUCGCCCCCUGCAGGCAAGGAAAGCCAGGAAAAGUGAACUCUAGUUAUCUACGUAACGAAUUAGAUUUAAGCUAAAUCUAAAUGCAUCCACAACAACACAGAAAAGAAGAGCAAGAAUUAUUUUUUUGUUGUUUUUUCUUUUUGCUGCUGCUGUUGUUUCUCCUGCCAGUAGGUGGCGCAGGUCAACUUGCAGGUCUCGUUUUUGUUGGUACUUCAGCGUCAGUGACACUGUGUUCCCUUCGUUCACAUACCGGGUUAGCAUCAGGCGAAAAGUAUCUCUGAACUGUUGGUGUGUAAAUGCCUCUUCUAGCUAACGGUGGGUUUCACGCUGUUUAACAACUGACUGACAUGUGUGUCACAUAUUUUGUGCCAAAUUUUUUUUUGUUUUGUUUUCCAUUUUGUACUGUGUGUGCGUGUGUUUUUUGUUGUUGUUUUCUUUUGUCUUAAUUUCUUUGGCUGAAGAUUUAUGUUUUAAUGCUAUUUUUUAUAGCUUUUUUUUUUGUUGUUUUUUUUUAAAGCUUCUGUCUUUUUCGUAGGACUCUUUUCUUUUUCCACAUCGUUACUAAGUCAUGCGAGAAUGUCCACCAGACUGAUUACACCCUUCAUUUAAUAACAAGCAUUUCACGGCGAUUGCUCUCAUUCGUUAAGCUUAAUUUCAUUUCAUUUUUUUUUUUUCUCCCUCAGAUUGUCAAUUGUUCCAAGUCUAAGCUGUACAUGUCGACCACUUGUCAAAGUUUUAUGAUUUUAGAGGGGGUCUUACUACACAGGAGGUCCGCUAGCAUUGAAUUAUUAUUAUUAUUAUUGUUUUUUUUUUCAGUUUAUCAUUUAUUGAACCAACACGCAAAUUCAGAUCCUACAUAAAUUGGUAAGAUUCUGCACCAGCCCCCCCACGUGCACUCGCCUCCAAGCAGACCACUGUAAAUGUACAAACGCCACCUGUACGUACAGAGAAAUGUAUAUAUUUAUUGCUCAAGGAGAUGGCCACCUCUUGGUCUAUUUGGUUGUAUGGUGCAAUUAUUAUUAUUAUUCUAUAUUUCUCAAGACUUUACCUGCUAGCCACUCCUGUUUUUAGUACGAUGUGGUUUGUGGCCUGAACCCCCCUCUCUGUGUGCCUAAAAUUAGCCAAGAAAUGAGUAUGGCAACGUAAGUAAACGGUGGUUAUUAUGUAAAUAUGGGAAACCAAUGACAAACUUAUUUAUUAAAGGUUUAUUGUACAAUGAAA